UCCUUAUAAUUUAUGUUUGGUUCUUACUGAUAACACAGACUUGAUUUCAGUCCUCGAGUACGCCAUGGUCAAAGCUGCUUACAUCACUACCUGUGUGGGCAAUCAUUGUUUCAGACACUUGUGCUGAAUGGGGAACAUAUAGCUUCUUGACAAAUAUACCGACCUAUAUGGAAGAUGUUCUAAAGUUUGAUAGCAAAAAGGCGGGAUUUCUUGCUUCACUACCGUAUCUUGGCUUCUGGGUUGUAUCUAACGUGUCUGCUCAUCUUGCCGACUUCCUUCGAAAACGAGGCUACAUUUCUACUACAACAGCAAGGAAAGUCUUUAACAGCAUAGGCAACAUCUUACCGGCAAUAAUUAUUGCCAUCAUGGGAAAUGUUGCCGACGACCCUGGUAUUGCAGUUGCCAUGUUGACUCUGGGUAUGGCUAUGUCUGGAUGCCAGUACGGCAGUGGAUUUAUAGUAAAUCCUGUCGACAUUGCACCAAGAUAUGCUGGUAUUAUCAUAGGGAUUGCUAGCACCAGCGGUGCUGUUGCAGGUUUCUUCGGACCCUUAGCAAUUGGAUUUAUAACAGUAGAUAAAACAAAAGAGCAGUGGAAAGCUGUAUUCUAUAUAACGGCUGCAAUAUACACAUUUGGUGCAAUAUUUUACAUCAUAUUUGCGUCGGGGGAAUUACAGGAUUGGGCUCGGGAUGAGGAUAAUGAUCAAGAAAUUAAUGUGAGCGAUAAAAGUACAAUUCACGAAGUAAACAUUGAUGCCGAGGAAGUAACGCAUAUGUAGAGCUCAGUACGCACAAUAGACACGAAGUAACAUGUAUGUUCAAGUGGAAUGGCUUUGUCCUGUGAAAGGGGCGUAUAAAUGUAGAAAGGAUAAACGUUACUAAGUGCAAUGGGGAAUUCGUUAGGAUCAACGUUAUAAAGACAAUAUUUAAGUCAUAUUGCGCCAUUCUAGCUUUUAAUAGCAGAAGAAGACCAUAAAUGACUCUCCAAAAAUUGUUUCAAGCAUCGCUGGGUACUUGGGUAGAACCACACACCUUUCGUAAGCUUUCUAUUGGCUUCCCCGCAUGAAGAAUUCUACACUCCACGUGGUUUCGCCAAUAUUGGUGACGGGCAGGUGAUGCAAAGACCAUUCCACGGAGAAAAUACAAUCGUGUAAUUAUUUUUGAAAUUGGUAAACUUAUUUCAGUAUUGUUUCUAAACUGUCACAAAAAUAGGAAAAUGCAAUUAAAUAUUCUUUUUAUACUAAAAGGAACCUUACAUUAACUAAUAAAUAGGUCUGAAAAUAUUAUUAUUGAAAUGUAAUAUUGUUAAUUGCUGUCAAAUAUUUCUACAUACACAUAUUAGGUACUGUUUUUGUUGAUGAUAAAAUACAUGAACUUUAUUUUAUAAUAAUUAGAAUGCACCAAGAAAGUAGAUUUGAGUGUCUGUAACCAUUUGAGUAGUUGGCCCCUUAAACCGGAUUGAUCUUCCUUUUGUGGCAGUCAAUAACUAUGUAAAGUUUAAAGCUUGAGUUCGGAAUUAAGGGAUUCUAGUAAGGUCCCUAUGAUCUUCAUCUUUGAGCCAUAAAUAUUCACACACAAAAGAGACCUCCCCCUUAUGAUAAUAGACUUAGCUAGAAAAACACCAGCAAACUUUAAAACAAUAACAAAACUAAAAGAAAACAUUGAAUUAUGAAGUAAAACAAAUCAAACUGCAGUUUUAUAUAUUAACCGAAUUUUGUAUAAUUGUUUAGUUCACAAAAUUCAAUCCAUAUAAAACUUAUCAAUUGUCAUCAAGUUUUAUGUAAAUAUAUCAAUUUAUCUUUUAAUGAAUAUUUUUUUAACAUCCCAAUCGACCACGUGUUGGUUACACGCUUCAACAAAAAAUAAAGACAUGUAAUUUUCUGAGUGAAUAAGGGAUAAAAAAAACUUCUGUCUUUAUGCAAGUGAUAUGAUUAUAUAUAUAAUAUGACUAUAAAUAAUGCUUCAAGGUUAAAACCAAGGUUUUACCGAUUAUGAUUAACCUUAGUAGAAACUAUUAGUAUUAGUAUAAAAAAGCUAUUAGAACUAAUUUGACAUCGGAUUAGAAUGCCUUCAAACGACUGCGAAAUAAAGUCAAUAACUUAAAACCACAUGCUGAAGAACAAUGUUCCAAUAAUCUAAAUUAUUCGUUAGAAGAAUCAAACGUGAAUAAUUCCAAAUAAUAAUGGAAUACUGUAAAAUUACUGAUUAAGGUAUUAGGCCCCUAAUAGUAAUGUUUAAAAAAUGACAUUUGGUUGGUAUAUUCUUACAGUUGACCGUGCUUCGCACUUAUAUGCAAAUUUUUAAAAACUUUUACCGUGCCGUUUUUUAUAAAUUUUGUGUAAUUUAUGGUAUUUCCUAAAGCUCAAGUAGAGACAAAUUUCAAAGUGGUGGUCUUUAUCCAAAACGUUUUCAAAGAAUUUAUUAUUCCAUUAUUUUUUAUGAAAGAAACAUCAAACUAUUGGUAAACAAUCAUAAAACUUAAAAUAAAAACUGUCAAUAUCAUUUUUUCUAGGGUGCCUCGAGUAAACGGAUUCAAUCAGACAGAAUUCCAACUCCAAUAUUGAAAAAUUAUGGUCGAAUCCUGCGGGUCUGUUUUGAAUUUUGCUCACUUCAUUCAAAAAUAACCUUGGGGCAGAAGUAAAACCUACCUACAUUUCUUCCACAAUAUGUAAUCUAAAGAAUGAAGGCAAAAUAGAGAACUUUUACCGCAUGUAACUCAGUAUUUUUAAAGAUGUCUAACUCUACCCCUUCUGUUUUAGAGGUCAAUUCACUUUUAACAGGAAGAAAUCGCAUAUCAAAUGAUUUUUUUUUUCAUUUUUGUACAAUAAAUCAAUAACAAGUCUUGAAAGAAGUAAAAACUUACUAGAAAAAAAGGAAAACAAGGGGAAAAAAAUUUGGUCCCAGUAGGGCUUGAACCUACGCCCCCCUGAAAAUUGCUGUCAAAGUAGGUUUAUGGUAGGAAUUGAAUACUCUUCAGAAAGGAGGUACUCUAUUAUGGGCCUAAUACCUUAAAGAAACUUCUAAUGCUUUUAAGUCAGUACCAACAUUAGUCGUUGGCGGAGAUAACAAUGAAACAUAUUACACUACUGAUAAUGAAAAAGCUAAUUGUUAAAAUGAAUAUUUCACCUCAAUAUCAAAAAUUGAGUAUUUCAGACACAAACUUUCGACAUUUGUCAAUAAUCAAAUACUGUUUUGACAUAUUUAACUGUAAACAGUCAACUCUUGAGAGAUAAUAUAUAUACUUUCAUCACGAAAUAAAGCUGUCGGAUAAGAUGAAAUAAGUCAUAAAUUAUUAAACGAAACUCGUUCUUUUAACUAGUGUGUUUAAUAGGUCCCUUCAUGAAGUUAUUUAUCAAGAUAUCUGGAAUUUACAAAAGAAUUAUGCCACUUUUCAGAAGGAAAUAAAAAUUCACCUUUCUUACUAUCGACCGAUCUCGCUGAUUAGCUGUGUUGGUAUUAAAGUAAUGGAAAGGGUAAUUCAAACACAUUUACAAUCACCUACAUUCAAAUAAUUUAAUUUACCCAUUGCAGUCUGAGUUUCGUUCAGGUCAUUCAACAUUUUAUCAGCUCAUUGACAUAUGUCAUCAGGUUUUGAAUUAUUCGAUAAAAACAGUCAACAUGUAUUGUUUUAGCGACAUGUCAAAAGCUUUUGAUAGAGUUUGAAAUCGUGGUCUUAUAUCUAAACAUAAUACGGUAUUAUUCAUGAACUCUUAAAAUGAACCACGGACUAUCUCUCUGAAAGAAAACAAGCUGUGUAUGUAGGUUGUGAAUUAUCUGAAAUACUUGAUAUCCUAGCCGGUUUUCCUCAAUGCUCCGCCCUUGGGCCUCUGCUAUUUCUCGUCUAUGUAAACGACAUUGCCGAAAAGUGUUACGCGCCUUUAUGGCUGUUUCAUCUAGCGGCACAUAUUAUAUCGUAAUGACUUUAAAACAAAGAAAAUUAUCAAACAGGGAAUGCCACGCACCAAAAGCGCAGCCUCUUCAAAACGAACCCCCCAGCAAACCGUGAUCUUAAAAUCUCUCAUCUCUCAUUGAUGAAUGAUCUAAACAAUGGCUAAUAAAUUAAAAUCCUAGUCAAACUGAAGUCACGUUUUUUCCAAGCAAAUAUCUAUAAUAAGCUAUUCAAUGACACCUCUCUUGAUUUUGUUGAUCAUCAAAGGCACGCAGGCUCAACAUUAUCUAUAGAUUUAAAAUGACACGAGCACAUUGAAAAUAUAAUAUAAUCAGCUUCUAAAGUUAUAAGUACAAUGCGUACAUUAAAUCUAAAUUAAAACGAUCAACUCUAAAUAAAGUAUACAUUUCAUACAUGCCUCCCAUAUUAGAGACUCUUCGGUUGUGUGGGAAGGGUGCACAUUUUUUCUUUAGAACAACUAGAGUAUGAAGCCGCUCGCCUAGUAACAGGUUUAACAAGGUCGGUUCCAAUCAACUCUCUGAUAAAAGAAAUAGAUUGGUUUUCUCUUUCAGACAGGUGAAAAAUGCAGAAGUUGGUUACGGUCUACAAAGCAAAAAAUGGUCUUCUCCCACAAUACGUUUAAACUGUUUGCUCUUUAUUAGUAUCAGAUACGAAACAUUAUUCACUAAGGAAUAGCAACAAUUACACAACAGAAAAUCGACGUACGAAGGCAUACAAGAAAUUAUUUAUACCUUCUGCUGCCGAAUUAUGUUUUGUUCGCAAUUCAAAUUAUUAAAUAUAUUUAACUCAAAAAUGAAAGAGAAAAAUAAAGCACCACAAGUACCUAAGCAGAUUUUGUUCGGAGACACCUUUUCGGUUCUACAUGCGCGCCUUAGAAAUAAUUAUAGUAAUUUACAUAAUAUUCUGUUCAAAAACUAGCCGAGAGAAAAUUCGACAUGCAAUUGUGGAUACUUUGUUGAAGAUGCUGAACAGUACCUAUUUCACUGUUCCAUAUUUGAACUUCAACGCAUUAUACCAUUUGCAGAAACCAGAAUCUUUCAUCCGCUUAAUGUUGAUUUAUCACUUUUCGGUAGUGAUUUGUUAGACGUUGAAAAUAAUAAAGUAUUUACAGCAGCUGUUUAAAAGAUUAUUGAAACUACGAAAUGUUUUCACAACACUUGGCUUUAUUUACUAUGUGUUUACGCUCUGAUGUCACUACUUCGCAAACGUAUGUGGGUAGAACCAAUCCAUUGAUUAUGGGAUGGGGAUACGUCUUGGCUUAAAGCUUCCUCACUAGUUCUAUGAUUUUUUUGUACAUGUUUGUAUAUGAAUUUGUUAAAGUUUCCGGACAAAUUACUCUGUUUCUCAUGCAACAUUUUGUAUCUUUUAUAUUUUGCUUUAUGUAUGUAUGUUGCAAAUAGGCUACAAUAAUGCUAUUAUUAAGUAAUAAUAUAUAUUUACUUUCUUUGUGAAGGGGAGGGGGGCAAUUGCUAAAGUUCUAAGAAAAUAUUGUAUCGUAAAUAUUCUGUUUCUGUGUAAUCAUGUAUAUAUAAGCAAUA